UCAUUCACCAUGGAAGACAUGUUUAAAACAUUUCCAAAACACAACUGCAGCUGGCUGAAAGGCAAAAUAACAUGGUACAAGAAUCAGGACUUUUGGUUCCCACAUUUGUUCCAUUUAGGAGGAUUUUCGGUUCACCAAAACUACAAGGCCGAGCCUAGUGAUGUAUUACUAUGCAGUUGCCCCAAAACCGGCACAACUUGGCUAAAGGGCUUGGCAUUUUCCAUUGUAACCCGAGAAAAGUUUGAUCCAUCAACUAGUCCUUUGCUCACAACCUUGACUCAUGAAUGUGUUCCUUUCUUAGAGUUAGAUCUUGAUAAGAUUGAACACAACCACAAAAACUCAACAUUUCCACUUGUAGCCACACACCUUCCUUACCCCUCAUUGCCAGAGUCCGUCCUAGAUGCAAACUGCAAGAUAGUUUACAUCUAUCGGAACACAAAAGAUGUUGUAGUUUCUCAUUAUCAUUACCUAAGAGAAGCUUUAAAGGUACCUGUGGAAGAUUCGCCAUUUGUGGAGGCGUUUGAAGAGUUUUGUGAGGGUAUUUCGUAUUAUGGGCCGUAUUGGGAUCAUAUAUUGGGAUAUUGGAAAGCAAGCUUGGAAAGGCCAGAUAGAGUUUUAUUCUUGAAAUAUGAAGAUUUGAAAACUGACCCUACAACUAAUGUGAAAAAGUUAGCAGAGUUCAUCGGGUAUCCUUUUUCAAUCGAAGAAGAGAAUGCAGGUGUGGUCGAAAACAUUGUAAAGUUGUGUAGUUUUGAGCAUCUGAGCAGCUUAGAAGUUAACAAAAGCGCAGGAAAACUACGUAAGAUAGUAGAAAAUCGACUUUAUUACAGGAAGGCUAAGGUUGGAGAUUGGGAGAACUACUUCACGGAUGAGAUGAAAGAAAAGAUAGACAGACUCAUGGAUGAGAAACUGAGUGUCACUGGUUUAGUUCUGAAAUGAGAGCCUCAAGUUCAGACCAUGUUUUAAUUUGUAUUCACUACAUAAUAAGCAUUAUUUCAGGGUCUCUGAAAUGUUACAUUGUAUUGUAAUGGUUAUAAAUAAUUGCGUGUUGGUUC